AUGACUGGAAGGGUGAGGCGAAAGCCCUCUGGAUCCUUGAUGUCAUUACAUCAAGGUCCUGAGAAAUCCUUAAAAGACUUCUUUAUUAGGUUCAAUCAAGCAAGGCUAGAUGCAGAAAGUGCCACCGAUGACUUCAUAUAUGGAGCUCUUUUCCAAGGAAUCAGAAAGGAUGGGGCCCUCAUGGCGAAUAUAGCUCGGAAACCACCACGAAAUCUCGACGGUUUUAUGAGCAAGGCCAAGAAAUACAUCAACCAGGAGGAGACAUUGCGGGCACUCUUAGGUCCUAACCCGAGUCUGGCCUCGAGAUCCGAAUCUCGCAAGAAGAAGAAGAAGGAUCCCCUCAAAGAAGAACGCAGGGAACAAGUAGAAGGAGACGAAACCAGAGCUAAACGAGAAAGAAAGUAUCUCAAAAACCAUAACUGGACCACUCUCAACGCUCCCAUUAUGGAUGUUCUGAUGGAAAUCAAGAGGGAUUCGAUGUACCAAAAGCCCCGCCCAAUGUUGCCGAAUCCACAGUUCACGGACCAGUAUUGCGCAUUUCAUGAUAUUACUGGUCAUCGGACCGAGGUGUGCAUAUCUCUGAGGAUCUUGAUCGAACGAUUUAUUGAGAAUGGUAAACUUGUUCGAUUCUUCGCUGAUCAAAGAAGCCAGGCAAAUCUCCCGCGGGAUAAUCGUCCCCGGGAGGAUCAACAAAGAGCUUGA